AUGGCUAACAGGAGGAGGAGGAACACCGCUGGAGCUGAUGACAUAGCUCAGGCGAUCCAUCAUAUGGUGGACGCAAUGCAGCCCAUAGCGGCGCCACCCAGAGCUGUAGUGGCACCUACCCGGCCAGUAGCUAUGGAGGAUUUCAUGAAACACCGACCGGCCAAGUUCUCUGGCAAGGCCACUCCGGAUGAGGCAGAUGCCUGGAUGCGGGAAUGUGAGAAGAUCUGUAGAGUGCUGGGAUGCACAGAUGAGCAGAGGCUGUUGUUUGUCACGUUUCUCUUGGUGGCAGACGCAGAGUAUUGGUGGCAGGGGAUGCAGCAGUUGAUGCAGACCCGUGGGGAGCAGGUGACGUGGACUGCCUUCAGGACGAGGUUUCUGGAGAAGUACUUUCCCGACAGUGCGAGGCACGAACGGGAGGCAGAGUUCCUUACUCUUCAGCAGGGGACCAUGACUGUGGCGGCCUACAUAGAGAGGUUCGAAUAUCUGGCGCGUUUCUACACUCCAGUAGUCACCGAGGAGUGGAGGUGUAGGAGGUUCGAGAGCGGAUUAAAACAUGAGAUACGCCGCUUCAUUGUGCCGCUUCGGAUUAGAGAGUUUCCAAUUUUGGUCGAGCAGGCCAAAACUGUGGAGCAGUUGGAGACCGGGUCGAGUAGUGGGGGGAAACAGUAG